CGUGGGUUACCCCACGUGGGCUGCCGCGUCAUUUAGCCACUCCCCCCCCCCCCUGCGCGCGUGUUGUUGCCGUGACAACCACAACCGCGUCCUGGCAACAGCAGCGGAGAGAAGACAUCUCCGAGGAAGGUGGUGGUGAUGGAGAAGCCCCUGAGGAUCCCCCCUCAGAUGUCCAUCUACGCCGACCAGCACAACAUCCUCCACCUGGUGCAGAGCAUGGUGUCCAGCCUGGCGGUGGACCAGCCCGACGACCCCAUCGCCUACUUGCUGCUGCUGCUGAGGGACAGCAGUGUGCACGUUCCCAGGGUGCUCCUGCUGGGUCCACCUGCAGCGGGGAAACACACGCUGGCCCAAAAGUUGUGUGCUGAUCUGAGAGCUGUUCACGUGACUUUGGAGUGUUUACUGGAGGACCAAUCAGAGACCAGCGAACAAGCACGCCAAUACACACUCAAACAACAGGAGGUUCCUGAUGAGUUGCUGGUCCAGUUGAUUCAAGAAAGACUCAAACAAACGGACUGCUUCAACCAGGGUUGGGUGUUGGAUGGACUUCCUCAGACUCGCCUGCAGGCUCGUAAUCUCCAGCAGGGCGGCGUCAUUCCCAAACACGUGGUGAUCCUGGAGGCUCCUGAAGAUGUCCUGAUGGAGAGACAUCAAGGCCGGCUGCUGGACCCGCUGACAGGAGACGUGUACCACGAGACCUUCAUCAGGCCGGCUGAUGACGAGGUGCAGCAGCGUUUGGAGGCCAAGAUGGACGCGUCAGAGAGUCAGCUAAUGGCCGACCUGCAGCGUUAUCGCUGUGAGGUCACGGGGAUAAGCUCCGCCUACUGCCACAUCUUGAAGACCGUCAACAGCGACCAGCCUCCUCUCCACAUCUACCAACAAGUUCUGGCUUUUGUCCGGACUCAGCGUUGUACUCGGACUCCCAGAGUCCUCCUGUUGGGUCCACCAGGCUCAGGGAAGACUCAUCAAGCCAAACUGCUGACUGACAAGUACAAGAUGGUGGACAUAUGCUGGACUGACCUGCUGGGAUGGGCUGAAGCUGACCAGUCUGCCAUCGGAGAAGAGGUGCGAUCACACCUGCAUGCUGCACAGCCAGUUCCAGAGUCCGUGACUCUCCAAGUUCUCCAAGAACGUCUGAGCCGAGUGGACUGUAGCUCCAAAGGCUGGAUCCUGCACCACCUUCCAUCUGAACCUCAGCACACCAAGCACCUGCAGCAAUCACUCAACUCGCCCAACAGGGUUUUCUUCCUGGAGUUGACCGAUGACCUUUGUUUGGAGAGACUCACGCUGAGAAGCACCGACCCCGUCACCGGCCUCAGCUUUCACGCCGUCACUCGGCCCCCUCCGGACCCGGAGGUCCAGGACCGUCUGCAGAGCAGGAGCGAGGACGGCCCGGACAACGUCACGCACACACUUGGUGUGUACAGGACGCACACUGCAGGCCUGCAGUGUGUUUUCCCAGAAGGCUUGCACGUUGAUGCUGAUCAGGAUCCUCAGUGUGUGUUUGAGGCUUUGGAGAAACAUCUCACCAUUGAGUGACAACACUGUGUGUGUGUGUGUGUGUGUGUGUGUGUGUGUGUGUGUGUGUGUGUGUGCGUGUGUGUGCGCGCAGACCUCCUUACCGUGCUUGUUGACUUAAAGGCGGAGCUCUGUGAUGAUUGACAGCUCACUGAAGUUUUACUGAAGUCUUUGUCAGGCAAUUUUGGUAAACGACUAUAAUUAAUCCUCCUUUUAGGUCAAUGUGUGAUUGACGGCUCUAUUUUAAGACUUCCUGUCAGCGACAGGAAGUGGAGCGACGGAGACGUGAUACAUGUCGGACACGCGGUCACGUCAGAUGUUUCGACUUCGCAACGUUUCGUGCUGCCGUGAUUGCAUUUUUUUUCAAUUGAUUUUCUUUACAGACAAUAAAGUUCUGCAAUCUGUGCAGGUUUGUUAACGUUCAUGCAUUCAUACACAUGCCUCAACGGGUAUUGAAACUGAAAGUUAACUUAAAGGCCUACUGAAAGCCACUACUAGCGACCACGCAGUCUGAUAGUUUAUAUAUCAAUGAUGACAUCUUAACAUUGCAACACAUGCCAAUACGGCCGGGUUAACUUAUAAAGUGACAUUUUAAAAUUCCCGGGAAAUAUCCGGCUGAAACGUCGCGGUAUGAUGACGUAUGCGCGUGACGAAGUCCGAGUAACGGAAGUUAUGGUACCCCGUAGAAUCCUAUACAAAAAGCUCUGUUUUCAUUUCAUAAUUCCACAGUAUUCUGGACAUCUUUUGCAAUUUGUUUAAUGAACAAUGAAGGCUGCAAAGAAGACAGUUGUAGGUGGGAUCAGUGUAUUAGCAGCGGACUACAGCAACACAACCAGGAGGACUUUGUUGGAGCGCUAGCCGCGCUAGCCACGCUAGCCGCCGACUUCACCUUGACUUCCUACGUCCCCGGGCCGCCAAACGCAUCGGGUGAAGUCCUUCGUCCUUCUGCCGAUCGCUGGAACGCAGGUGAGCACGGGUGUUGAUGAGCAAAUGAGGGCUGGCUGGCGUAGGUGGAGAGCUAAUGUUUUUAGCAUAGCUCUGUGCAAUCCGGUUGCUAAGUUAGCUUCAAUGGCGUCGUUAGCACAGCAUUGUUAACCUUCACCUUUUGUUAAAUGUGUUACUUUGCACGAAAAGAAUAUAGAACAUUUUAUUAUAUAAUUAAAGAUUUAAAUUUGAAUAACUUAUUUUAAUAACGAAGUUCAUUUAUGAAUAACUUAAAUGUUGAACAAUUUCUGUAAAUUUCGGUUUUAAAUGUUUCCUUUGCAGAAAAAAGUGGAUAUUGAAUAAUUUCUGUACAUUUUUGUUUGAAUUUUGAAAAUAAAUGACUGAACAAUUUCAGUGAAUGGCUGUUUUGAUGUUGUUACAUGUGUUAUUAUAUAAUUAAAAUUGUAAAUCUAAAUAACUUGAAUAUUGAACAAU